GACACUGAGCGAUUACGCGCGCUUGACGAUUAUGUCCUGAAUAACGAGCACAGACAUUGCGCCAUGUACUGGUGCUCGCUCAUUGUCCAUGUUAACAAGGCCGAGCGAAAGACUGAACCUAUCGGAGCCUUAUGCGUCGUGUACUUCCAGAUGUCGAUGCCCAGCAUCCGAUUCAAUCAGCUACCGAUGAGCUUAUGAAUCGCCUACUUGCAGAGUGAGACUGGUUAGCGUUGGAGUGGAGUCAUGCCAUCUGCUCUUGGACCUUCUUCUUCAGCAGAGGUCACGCGCCUUCCAGCUUAUCGAUUACAGGCAAGAAUAAUCUCAGGGUCCACGUCACUAUUUCCGACGAGGGAAUCCGGUGCGGGUGUCCAUGAGACAGCAUUUGUUCUGCAAAAGUACACUAUUCGGGUUACUCCCGCACGCAAGCAUCAACACCGAAGUACAUGUUUUUUUCAAUAUCUUCUCACUACCUGACAAGCACGAUCUCGUGGCCAUUUGGGUCUUCUUAUCCAGAUAUCCCCCGAAUGAUAGGUCCUUCCAGCAAUUUGCAGGCAGAGCAACGCAAAAUCGACGACUGCUUGCGACAGUCGAGUUCUGUCACCAUUCAGCACAGCGUGAUCAUGGCGGUCCGCCUUCAAUCCCAGCUUCGACCAUACAUGCAACCACAGCCGAAAGCAAUUAUGUCAGAAGGUCAAUAGUGCCCACAAGGCCUACUAGUGCUACUGGGCUGACGAUUGGCACAAUCGCACCAGAUCUCGCUCUAGGGAAAUCAGCGGUUUUUUUCCCGAACGCACGGUCGACAGGGAACCGUACGCAAAGGAAAAUCUCAAAGAACAUGUCAGGGGUGGAACCAAUUACUGCAAUGCUCUAUUACUUGAAAUGACGGACAGUGGCUCGAAGCUGGGACCGAACCAAGGAGCAGUAGGGAUGUCUCGAACAUCGCCUUGUGUGUAGUAAGUU